AUGUGUGUCUGCGGAUUCGGCGUACUACCGAUCUCUCCACGGAGAAAUGUUACGAGCUGCCGACGCUCGAAGCAUAAAGACAUUUUUUCAGUCUUGAUGUCAAAGACCAGUCGAAAGUUGAAGAUCACAGACAUACCCAAAGAUACUGACAAGCCAGACGGAGAAGCCGUCAACCCCGACACUCUGAAGACCGUUGACCAAAUCGUAUGGGAAUACUCCCCCACAUCGUCACCAGUUACAGAAAAGCGUAGUCUGCCCAAGCGAAAUUUCCAGGACGUUGAGUCCAAUGAGACCAGUGCAAAGAAGAGGCAAAAGACAGCUCUCGCCCCUAUGAAUCCAAUCCUGGAAGAUACUUCCGGGUCCAAGGAAGAUCACGGUACCAUGCCAAAAGCCGAUGACGCAUGCGACGAGUCAGAGAUGGAAGGAAAGAAAAGAUACUAGAAGAUUACGACAAAAUGCAUACGGAAUGCUGAGGCUACGGAUUUAAGGCUAUACUUCCGACCCGAUGCGCGGAAAAUGGACGGUGCAGGGAAAGCAGGCAUUUCGAAUCACUGAGAGACCAUCGCUACACAGCCGAGUAAAGUACCUGCGACCCAAGGUAUCAGAUUCUGAUGUUCCACGUCGGACAAUAAUAGCGGAGAA